AUGCCUGCCAUCCCUACCUUGUGGAUGGACUCAUCUAAAUGGCACCAGGAGCCAUUAGAUUGGGCUUCUCACGCCUACCAACUGCUUGCCCCUCAAAUUAACGUCAAAGGUCGCAUGGCUCUACUUUUGCUGCUCGCCGUCAUCUGGGCUUUCUCAUGGCUGCUAUGGCGCGCGUAUCAGGUCCUCACUACACCGAACGAGAUUCUGGUAGAGAAACUCGGCCUGGACAUUCCCCCCACUCCGCUCCUCAUCCUCGAAGAAAUAUCCCCAACCGAAGUCUAUGUGACGUGGAAACAUGCGGAGCCAUCUUCUUCCAUUCAAGAGCACUACGUGGAGCUCAAUGGCGUCCUUAUUGGGACCACCAAGAAGAGUGAGAUGGGUGCUAUCAUAUCUGGCCUUCGCCCUGGGACCAAAUACGCCAUCCGCGUCUUCUGUGUCAGUACUGGCACCUUCCAGACUCCGAGCGCCCCUUUUCAUGUGCGCACGCCUCAUCUACCAGCGGGCAAGGAGGCUCCCGAAUCAGUCCCCGCGGUGAGAGGGGUGUCGGUGCGAAAUGCUCCCACUGCCACCCCUUUAGCUGCGCCCUCCAUGACUCGCGAUCUUAGCGGAGGACAGCCCAUGGGUAGAAGAGGGACCACCGGUCGUAGACCUUCCCCGGCUGGUCAUGGCACUGAUGCACAGGCUCAAGAUGCAGGAUCGAGAGUUGAAGACGAAGAGGUGGACGGUGAUCUCGCGGAGUUGUCACAGCGGUUCCAAAAAGUUCAACAAGACAUUGAGGCUGUUGAGGCUCAGAUACAAGAGGAGGACAGAGAAUUUGAAGCUGCUAUGAAGGAACUGGAAGCGCGACGUGACGAGUUGAAACAGAGUCUCAAAGAGCGGGAUGAAGCCAGCAGCGACCUGCGUAAGCAGGUCCACAAGGCAGAGACACUCAGUCGCACGGCUCAAAACGAAAAGACCAAGAAAGAACGCUUGUUGCAGCAAAAGGAAAACCAGCGCAGGAAGAGGAAGGACGACAUUUCGAGGUGGGAGGAGGCCACCGCUGCCAUGAAGGAGGAAAUUGCGGGCAUUGAGAAACAGAAAGCUGCAAUCGAACGCAGGACUCAGUCUGAGCUCCGAGAAAUGCGCAGGAAAAUCGAAGAGGAACAAAAGGAGGUCGCCAUGCUGGAGGAUGACAACAAGGAGAAAGCACUGCAGAUCAAAGCGCUGGAAGAGGAACGCCAAUUGCAGAACGUGGACGAGGAGACGGAAGAAUCUAGAGAAGCCGACCGUCUCGACCGUGAGCGCGAUAUGAGAUGGCGGGCAAGAUACGAAGGCUUGCAGCAAACCUUCACCCGGCUAUGGAACGACCUGCAAUUGGCCAAUCAGCAAGUCAACUACACCAGGGAACAAAUUAAUCAACUCGAGGCAAGACGGGCAAAUUCCAUGGCAUUCGCGCCUAUUGCGCCGUUGGAUCUGGAUGCCAUUCGUCGUGGCAUGAGACCCAUGCGACGAGCGAGACCGGCGGGCUCGUUGGGGAGCAGUAUCUCCUCGCCGCGAGGCCCGUUUGUUGGACCUGAACCUUUCCCGGCGGGAUUGCAGUAUACCUCUGCUCCCACCUCAUCUCCCACAGCAGCUGUUCCAAGUUAUUUCAACCCGCAGAAUGGGAUGACACUGGCGAUGCCUGUGGAGACGACAGCCUCAACUCACGACGAACUUGACGCCAUAUCUUCGAUCCCCAUGAGUCCUCGCGCAGACUCACUCUUGCCAGCUGAUCUGCUUGGUGACGAGUCUGCCGACGAGCUCCCCGACACCGAAGUUCCGCGGCGGAGAGAAAAAUCCGAGUCAGGAAUGACUCCCUUUCCCACGAUAGGGUCGCCCAUACUGCAUGCCGAUAGCGGCCGGACAGAAUCCCCUAGUGUUGGCUCCUCGUCCGGCAGGUCGUUCUCCAGUCCCUUGCAAAUUUCUGCGCCUGCCGAAGGCGAUGAGAAGUCUUCAAAUUCCGGAAAAAAGUCGGACGACGCACCAGAAGAAGAUGAAGUGGUUCAGCAACCCAAGAAACCCAAGUACACUUCCAUGUCAUCCAUGUUUGGGCUCAAUCGUCAGCGAGGCAAGACUCUAGCUGAUCAACCACCCCCUCUCGGAUCUCUCAAGCCGAGUCAGAGUCAGUCCUUCCCAAGGAAUGUGGAAGAUUUUGAUCCUCGACUAGAAACCAAAAGGCGACUAAGCUAUGGCGGAAAUUGGGCAUUUCCAGGAUCGGCUCUUUUAAACAGCAGCAGCGCCCAGGAGGAAAAAGAGCCUUCAGUUUCUCGCUUUGCUGCGACUCGGCGUGCCUUUGGAUUAGGCGGCUUUGGAAAGUCGGCUGCAGCUUCGGCGAACUACGACCCGUUCGCCAUGAGGUCUGCUUCCUUCGAUCCAGGACUUCGAGGCGAGACUUCCUCCCCAAGGCCGUCAUCCACCUACUCUUUUGACAAACUGCCACGGCCGUCGAUGGAAAGUCAGUUUCGUGCGUGGAACGACAAGUCGGUGCUGCGAAAUAGUCCGUUGGCCCCAGACUGGGGUUCGCUCCAUUCAUUUUCUCGUUCGCACUCACGGCGGCCCUCGAUCGUGUACGGAUCAACCAGCAAUCUCUCCCUUCCACAUGCAGACGAGGAAGUUGUUGAGCCAGAUCGCAAACCAACACGUCCUCUACAGGCGCCCAUUGGCACCCGGCCAGCAUCCUCCCAGCAGUCCUCGACUCCAAAGCUGAAUCCGGCGGCUCCGUCAUUCACGACACUGUUUGGCAGGCGGAGCGAGAAAUCCAAAGACAAGGACAAGAACAAGGCGAAAGAGUCAAAGGAGAGGGUGAACGACAUGGAAGCCGCCUCGCCCCCGGAGUCUCGAAAGUCCAAGGACACCAACUCUAUCGCAGCAACUGUGUCUACCCUCGAGUCUGAGACGCUCGAUCGAACACAGUCCGGGGCCAGCGCUCAGUUGUCCCUUGAGAACACACCAGCGAAGCCGACGUUUAUCUCCAAGAUCACGCGCAAGGCAAGCAGCAAUAAGUUUGGCAGCUGGAAAGACAAGGGUAGCUUGUUCUCCCGAAAGGAAGCAUCUGUUCCCAACGGUGAAAACGAAGAGGAACAAGGGUCAAGCGAACACCUGGGGAGGAGUUUGGAAAGCACAUCAACAACGCCCAGCGCCGAAGACAAGAAAACGAGCAGAACUAGUCUGAGCAACUGGAGCUUUAUGCGCAAGAACAAGAAGGGGCUGAAGGAGGAUCUGACCGCCAGCGAGAUUAGUGAGAGCAGUGAGCGGUUAAGUGAGGCUGAGGAGAUGGGCGAGGAGAGGGAUGAGGAUGAAUAG